AUGGCCGGCGACAGUAGCGAUAAGCACCAGGAUGAGUUUCUUCCUGAGUAUCUGCGACCUCCAAAGGAUACGUUCGAUGUGAGGAGUCAUGAAAAACCACUCGAUAUGCAGGCGAUUGAAGCAAUUUUAUUUCAGGAUGAGCCUCGUUUUACCGACUCUACCUCAUUGCCUAACUAUCUUGGUAAUCCAAAUUCUAUUUACCGUCUUCGACCGCAUAAGAGCGGAUCGUAUGGCAGCUCAGAAACGUCGACCACUGGCUCCAGCUCUUCAUCGCAUCACUACAACGGCUACUUCAAGAAUUCUGGCACUUCCCCGAAAUCACCCCCUUUAGACGCGGAACAAUCAGCGAAGGUGGCAGAAACCACAGACGGGAAGAAAAAUGCCGCUAAGGAUCAGCAAUCUGAUCAGCUUAGUCCGACCUACUCAAAAGACUAUGUUGGCUAUUCUACUGUUUCUGAUGCGGUGCGUGUCGUCAAGAAGCAUCCCCGUGUGCGAGUUGUUAGUCGUCUGGUUGACUUUGCUCUUGUCGAGCCAGAUGAAGAAGAUGAUGACAAGCCUGGAGAAGACGUAAUCAAUUACACAGAUUUAGUGAACCUACUUAAAGGCACUGAGAACACCCCGACUGAAGCAGCCGAUCCAAAUCAAGGGAACCUUAUCGACUUUUCCGAUGACAUUUUAAUCUCCACCAGUGUUAGUACGUCGACGAACCUUAACAAUGCUAUACCCAACCCAACUCCUCAACCACUAUCACUUCUUGACUUG